AUGCAGGUCCCAUGGACCUUGGCGUGGGCGACUCCGCUCUAUUUGUUGGUGGGGUUCCCAUUGGAUUUUUACCGCUUCUUCGUUUUUGUGCUGACUUCAUUUUUGGUUUUGCUGCUGGCUUGCGCAGCUGGCUCUGCAGUUGGUGCCAAGACUCGCGAUGCAGAUGGCAAUAGGUCUGUGCUCAUGCCUUUGAUCAUUCCUUCCACACUUUUCUCAGGAUAUGUCAUCCCUUACGCCCAGAUCCCACUGGUUUGGAAACCCUUCUACUACGCUUCCCCGAUCAUGUGGGGAAUGAGCAUCCUUGAGACUAGCUUGUACCAGGGCGCGGAGUUUGGAGACUGUGACUCGAGCAUACCCUUCUCGAGGCGUCACUGCUAUGCCACAGGGGAAGAGUAUUUGAAACAUUCCACUUGUGCAUUGGCCCAGCAGCUGGGUGUCUUUGGAAUGAUUGGUGUUUGCCUGAUCUACGUCACUCUUGGACUUCUUCUGAACAUCCGGAUGAUUCACAAAGCUGUGCUGAAUGGCCAAGUUUGA